AUGAACUCCCCAGAAAAUAUUAUUCCAAUCCUACAAGGGUAUGCUGAUAGCCCAAUUCCAAUAAUUCGAGAUUCUGUGAUACUGGCUAUUGAUAAGAUAAAGGAAACCUGUCAACUCAACGAUCUAAAUGGUUUUGAAACUAAACAGAAUAGUUCCGAAAAUAUCCCAUUCAGUAAAUUUGGUAGCAGAGAUCCAGCUUAUCCAAUGAAAGGAACUAUUGAACAAACUAGGGAUAAAUUUGUUAAUGGGAAUAUCUGCGAAAAAUACAAGGCGAUGUUCUACCUGAGAGACUUGAAUAGCAAGGAAUCGGUAGAUAUUUUAGGGGGUGAGUUGAUCAAAAAGGUUGUGGGAACAUCACAAAAGGUUGAUGGGCAUAAUGCCAACUUCAUCAUCAGAGAUAAUUCCAUCGGUGAAUUACUUCGACAUGAAAUAGCCUAUGUAUUUGGCCAAAUGGAGAAUGAGCAUUCAGUGAAAUAUUUAAAAGCUGUGCUGGAAGAUGAUUCAGAGGCAGAUGUUGUUAGACAUGAGGCAGCUGAAGCAUUAGGAAAUAUAGGAAAUGACGAAUGUGUAAACAUUUUGAAGAAAGAAAGUUGUGAGGUUGGGUUAAAGAUAGCUGAAUUGGACGAGGAUCAAUACUUUGAGAUUAAUCAGUAA